AUGCGCCUCUUAGAAACUUGGGGAGCAUUCCCCAGAGGACAUCCCGCCAUAUGCUAUUUGUCGCACACCUGGGGAGCCGACGACCAGGAGAUUACCUUUCGGGACGUUCAACAUCAUACAGGCCACCACAAAGACGGAUAUCAGAAGCUCACGUUUUGUGGCGAACAGGCUGCGCUAGAUGGCCUGAGAUAUUUCUGGAUCGACACCUGUUGUAUCGACAAAUCCAAUAGCCAGGAGCUUCAAGAAGCGAUCAACUCCAUGUUUCGUUGGUACAGAGACGCUAGACAUUGCUACGUCUACCUCACCGAUGUGCACAAGAUCGCCAGCGACGACGACGACAGACCAUCACAAGUAAAAUGGGAGACAGCCUUCAGAAGCAGCCGGUGGUUCACCCGCGGCUGGACACUCCAGGAGCUGAUCGCCCCAACAUACUGCCACGAAUGCACACGGAUCCCCAUUGAUGCCCUUCGAGGGAAACCUCUGACUGACUUCAGCGUCAACGAGCGACUUUCUUGGGUAGAAACUCGCAAGACCAAGCGUCCAGAAGACCUUGCGUAUUGCAUGUUUGGCAUCUUCGCCGUUCAUAUGACGCUUAUCUAUAGUGAGGGGAAGGAGAACGCAUUCAUCAGACUAAGACGAAAGAUUGGUAAUCACCCAUAG